AUGGAUUACAAGCGGAUGCUCCUUCCCCUGCUUUUCGUGAUCAGCCAGGGGGCUCAGCACGCGGAUGCCGCGGUCGAUGCCACCAAGCAGCCCGCGAGCGCCCCCUCGCCGCCGCGCAGAGUGAAGCGUUGCUCCUGUUAUUCCCUGAUGGAUAAAGAGUGCGUCUAUUUCUGCCACCUGGACAUCAUCUGGAUUAACACUCCCGAGCGGAUUGUGCCAUAUGGGCUUGGAAGCUUUUCUCGAACCAGGCGGUCCCUAAAAGAUUUAACGCUUGAGACACUUCAGCCAUCUGACAGUAGAUGCCACUGUGCUAGCCUGAAGGACAAGAAAUGCAUGAACUUUUGUCAGGCAGGAACAGAGCACAGGUCUCAGUCCACUACAGAGAAGAAAUGGAAACAUCUGCUUAAAGGGAGAGAUUGCAAAGGGCUUGGACUGAAGUGCACAUUUCAUCAACUGGCUGAAAGCAAGAAAAUGAAGAGGUUGGAUACUCUUCGAAACAGUAUCAAAGCUUCUUCCAAUAUUGCCAAGCUGGUAAGCAAGCUGCACAAACCGAAGCAGUUGAAGCAUAACCGAACAUACGAAAAACAAAACAUCUGGCAAAGUCUGAAAAUGACAUCGUAGUGGAAAGAUCACCAGUUCUAAUCCUCAAGUCAUCAAGACUUUCUGACAAAGCUUCGCUGAGACUUUGUUUUGGCUUCUUAACAUUC